UAUUUGUUCGUACACAACUGGCAAUUGAGGUAUUUUACAUUUUGUCGCAAUGCGAAAACACCCCCCACGCAUUCCAGUAUUAACAUUUAAAACAGCACCCCGCGGUGGAAAAUAAACCAACGAUGACUAUGAACGGCAGUUCGGGAACGAAGUUCGAUUCUCUGUUGGCCGACUACCUCGAUGGACAGGGUAUUGCGCAUCUCAAACGUUACAACAAAGUUCUGCAGAAAGUUGAAAAGGUUGUCAAUCCUUUGGUCAAAGAAUUAAAGAAACGAGACAAACGACUUCACUUUGAGCCGAUGUCUCCAGAUGGAUUCUUUCGCGUUCGACAACAAAACGUGCUCGAAGUUUUUCUUGUUUUUAAAAAGCUCAAUUCAACAAAAGUUUCGUUUGUCGAGAUGGAUUCGCCGAGCGGCGUCGGUUUCGUCAGUGCAAAGGCUGCCAAGCUACAAAGAUCUUGGCUGGAUUUAAUGGAAGGCGGAAGCAAUCAGGGUUUUUUUCUGUCCUCUGAGCGUCUUCGAGAAUAUAUAUGCAGCUUUCUUGAAGAUAUUAGCAAGGAAAAGGACAUAUUGGAUCCGAAGAUUUGGUUUCACUCCACCAACAACGACAAAGAUGGUUUGGUCUUGAGCAUUUGUCUCGAAGGCGAGCAAUUCUCGGUGCAUUUAAUCCCGACGGUAUUUCUGAAGGCAACAUGGCCAAACUGCGCCGCGAUGUGGAAGAAAGUCAUGUUCAGAUGGCCGGACGAUACGAUAAGACGACAAAUUGUGGAGGAAGGCAUUCAUCUGACGAGCCAACCUGUAAAAUCAAGUCUCCAACAUUCGUCCAUGUUGUGGCAUAUAACUUUCUUGGCCGGUGAAAAAGCGCUGUUGAACGCUGGAAAAAUCGGAUGUCGGAAUAAAUGCCUGCAAAUCGCCAAGACGCUACUAGAGGAUACCCUCUCCUACCCCGGGGGUCUAACCCCUCACCACUUGGAAACGGUCACCCUUCAUCUCAACUCCACAAUCUCGAGUCCAACGCUGUGGCAAGACGCGAAUCUCGGGGCGAGAUUUCUUGACUUGCUCUCGUCGCUCCAAAAGUGUUUGGCGCAAGGCAGCUGCAUGAACUUUUUCGCGCCAAGCGUCCAGCUCUUUGCUGAUAUUCCGUCCCAUGUUCUGAAGACUUUAGCUGCUCGCUUGAAGCGAGUUCUCGAUAGACCUGAGGAAUUCUUUCAGACUUUCUUUCGCGAUACAUUGACGACACAAUUUUAGGCAGGAUAAAGUCGCCUCGCUCUUAAUCGAAAGGGAGCUUUAGCAUUGACUAGAGUGUAUACGAGUACGAGUACAACAUUCGUCAUUCUUGCGUGUUGUUUGAAUUGUUAUGUUAAGACAUAUAUAACAAUUUUGUACACAGUUAGGACGUAAUUCGUAUUAUGCUAAUUUAAUUAGUCGAAAAUAGUUGUAAAUUAAUAAGAUCGCGUUAUUUGUCAUGUGUUUUUCUGGAUGUUGUUUUUCUAAACUAAGGUUUUGAGACUAUAUUUCUGAUAGAUCUCUAUAGAUUUGGAUUAAGGAAUAAUAAGUCUGUAUAAUAGGUGUAUAAAAUCCGAUUUAGUUUUAAUAAAUUUAAAUGUGUGGAUUAAGCAAUAAUUUCAGCUCAAAAUUACAUAUUUGGCCGACAUAAAUGUCACCUUGGAGAACUGGUUGAU